AGCGGCUCCGGUGCGCUCGAAACUUUAUUCACUCCAGAUUCCAACACAGAGACGGACCUGUCGAGCUCUCUAAUCCCCACUGCAAGCUAAGCACUCACUGGAUAGAACACACGGACAACUUUUUACAGAGCUAUUUCCGCCUCUCUAUUUUUGGUUUUCAUUACGGGACUUAAACCUGGGAUUGUACCAUUUAAAAAAGACGCACUUUUUGUUGUUGAAAUAUUUAAAUGUCAUGGUUUUUCAUGUUCAUUGUAUAAAUAAUAAUUUUGGGGUAUAGUACUCGAAAUAUUUGAGAACAAGGGAAACUGUUACACAUGUUUUCCAACCUCUGAAGAAGACUUAACAAGUUAUUCGUUCGUGGGGGUCGAUAACAAGUGCAAUGAUUGCCAAGGUCUUCUGUUGGGAUUGCCUUACUGCUCAACUCGUCUAAGGAGCCAGCCAUGUCCUUUUGUCUGCUCUACUUCUGUCACGGAGAGAGGGCUCGGAGUGGCGGACGCGCACGAAUGUGAAUUACAUUGCAGUCAACUACCCUACUUCAAAGCACUUCAGAUAUCCGCACAGUUCCACAAACAAGUGUUUAGGAGUUGUACCGCGGGCGACUGAACGAGACGACUCACAUGUUCCUCUCCCCAAGGGAUGGUUCUUGAUCAUCCGCGGGCAGGAGCGACUUUGCGGCUCCUACAGCAGGAGACGUUUUCUUGUUUUGGGCGAAAUCGGAAUUAAAGGGAAAUGAGACCCGUACUUUGCUACUUCCUGCUCUGUACAUCGUACCUGCUGAAUGCUGUUGCUGAGGAAGUCCCGCAGGAGUUGAUAGAGAGACUGUCCCACAGCGAAAUCCACAGUAUCAGCGACCUCCAGCGGCUAUUGGACUCCGAGAUAGACGCCCCCGUAGGUGCGGAAAAUGAGGUCAUCGAGGAGACCAAGCCGAUGCAGAAGCAUCAUAAGAACUACUCCCAACAGCAUGGCUACUCAGACCUGAAGAGCUCACAGAUACACAGCCGACGCAAGAGGAGCGUUGAGGAGGCCGUGCCUGCGGUGUGUAAGACGCGGACGGUGAUAUAUGAGAUCCCGCGCAGCCAGGUGGACCCCACGGCUGCCAACUUCCUGAUAUGGCCGCCGUGCGUAGAGGUCAAGAGGUGCACGGGAUGCUGCAACACCAGCAACAUGCGCUGCCACCCCUCACGCAGGCACCACCGCACCGUUAAGGUGGCCAAGGUGGAGUAUGUGCGGAGGAAACCCAAGCUGAAGGAGGUCUUGGUCCGGUUAGAAGACCACCUGGAGUGUGUGUGCCAGUCACAACAUCACGUGACCGAGCACUCAGACGCAGACACAGACCACCAUACUAGGACUAAAGUUCGACCGCCGGACCCCCCGGCUCCAACAGUGGACGUAAGGUGAGACCCCAGCAGCAUUGGACUUCAGUGUGGAAGGGGCCAAAGAGAGGAUGCUGCCAUAUUUGGACUGCUGACCUAGCCCCUUCCCUGACCCCACCCCACGCCACCUACCGCCUUUUAAAAACAAAGAUUACUGUAAAGAGAAAAAAAGACAAAAAGUUAA